GGUAAGCUAAAUAGUGCGACCCCGGACCCGGACCCCCUCCUCGCUGGCCAAACACGGGAGGCUGGCUCGGCCCGACUCACGGACUCGGCCCUCGCGCAUCCCGGGCCAAGUCCGCCGCAUCGUUAGAAAAGUCGUGUUUGUUUUCCCAAUCAGUGCUACCCGCCAGUGCCGCCCAGCCCAGUGCGUGCCGCGGGGCGCGGGGCGUGCGUCCAGUGCGUUCGCGUGUGGUGCGUUGGCCGCGCGGGCCUGUGCGCGUGUGCUCGGAUUCGACAUGAAGUGUUGUGACUAGUGAUCUUGUGCUCUGGAUGCGGCUCCCAUGUUGUCGCAGAAGUUGUACGGCGUGGACGCGGCCGUGAGCAGCGCCAUGAGCCCCGCCAUGAGCCCCGCCAUGAGCUCGGCGAUGACGCCGUCCUACUCCUCCAUGUCCGUCAUGAGCAGGGCCUGCACGGACAUGAACGCCAUGAGCUCCCCCCAGGGGGCGGCGGCGUCCUUCGGGCCUGCCGGGCUGCCCAUGGGCUCCAUGACGUCCAUGAACAACUGCAUGGUGGGCUCCAGCAUGCCCUACAGCUCGCCCAUGGGAGGCGUGGGCUCGUGCAUGAGCUCCAUGGGCGGCUACUCCAACCUGGGGCCCGUGACGUCGCUGGGCAGCCGCGGCGAGCCCGGCCCCGGGGAGCCCGUGUCCCCCAACUCGCAGCUGCGACGCGGCCAGGACAAGCCGUACCGCCGCUCGUACACGCACGCCAAGCCGCCGUACUCGUACAUCUCGCUCAUCACCAUGGCCAUCCAGAACACGCCGUCCAAGAUGCUGACGCUGUCCGAGAUCUACCAGUUCAUCAUGGACCUGUUCCCCUUCUACCGGCAAAACCAGCAGCGCUGGCAGAACUCCAUCCGGCACUCGCUGUCCUUCAACGACUGCUUCGUCAAGGUGCCCCGCACGCCGGACAAGCCCGGCAAGGGCUCCUUCUGGACGCUGCACCCCGAGUCCGGCAACAUGUUCGAGAACGGCUGCUACCUGCGCCGCCAGAAGCGCUUCAAGGACGAGAAGAAGGAGCAGCAGCGCGCGCACACCAAGAGCACGUCGCCGCACCCCACUGACGCCAAGAAAGAGGUGCCCGACGACCUGGUGCACAAGCACGCGCACCCCCACGGCCCGCACGGCGUGCACGACAAGGACCACCUCGGCAUGCUGGGCAGCAUGCACCCCAAGGUGGAGGACCCCAUGACGCUGCUGAGCCACGCGGCGGGUGUGGGCGCGGACCUCUGCGGCCUGCCUCAGCAGCUGCAGCAGCACCCGCAGCACCCACAGCACCCGCAGCACCCGCAGCACCCCCAGCACCACCACCAGCUGCAGCAGCAGCCGCCCCAACACCACCAGCAGCACCACCAGCAGCACCACCAGACCCAGGACGAGCUGGCCGCCAUGGUCUCGCGGUGCCACCCCAACCUGCUGCCGGACUACCAGCUCAAGCAGGAGCAGGCGCACCCCUUCUCCAUCACGAGGCUGCUGCCGGCCGAGAGCAAGGCGGACUUGUACGGCAAGCCCUCGGACCUGAGGCUGCAGUACGACAUGGCGCAGUACGGCUACAACCCGCACGAGAGCUACUACCACUAUCACCACUCGUCGCCAGGGACCACGGCCUUGUGACAGUACCCCCUGGCCUAAGGCCAGCCUGAGCCAGGCAGGGCCAGGGCCCACGGCGUGCCGUGCACUGCUGCCUGCUGCCCGGCCCGGGACCACCAAGGCGAGGGACCACGGACCACACCACUGCAGUGCUGUGUGCUUGUUGACGCCAGGCGUCGCCAGGCGUCGCCGGACUGACGCGGCAUCAGUGAUGCCCCGUGUGCAACGUCUUGCCCCGACACGUCACGUUUUUGUACAUUUUUUAAAAAAAUCAACGGGUGCACACGUGAGAAAAUUGUGUUAGUACGUACUUUUUUGCUGAUAUCGGCUAUGAACUAUUUUAAAGAAAUAUUUGUUAUAUGAUAUGUUUAAUUUUUGUUUUUAUUUUGUGUAAAUAUGAUUAUUUGAUUGCCGCUAGAUUUCAGUGCAAAUAUUACCAACUCUGUUGAAUUCCAUUUUCUGUAUACGUUUAAAAAUCCAUACAGUAGAUUUAUUACGUGUGAAAGGGGGGCGGGGAGGGGAGGGGAAUUCCGUUCGUGUCACGCGCGCGCGAAAGGACGGAGAGGGACAGAGUGUUAUGUUUUGUGGGAGGUGGAUGAGAGAAAAUCCCUCCUCAUUUCGAUAGACUGGGACUUUCUUCUAGCCGCAUGUUUUCCUAGGAUAGAGGUACCGCAGACAUAUGCUGGUACAUUGCACUGCGCAUCUUUUGUCAAAGGAGCAGAGUGUUUCGUAAAAAAAAUCUCAUGAACAUUUAUUAUGUUUUCCAUUUGUUUUGGUGCCAGCUUUAUUUACUUUGUGGUGUGUGUUAGGAAUAUCAACUCAUUGUUAAGUUUUUGCUCCAUAAUAAGUGAUCUGAGAUAAGCAUUUUCCGUAGAAAGUUGAUUGUUGUUCGGAUCACGCCACGUUAUUUGGAUCUGACCUCGGCACGAACUCACAGUGUGCUUGUUCGCGUCGACUGUCUGGUUGGCGGUUAAGUGUCGUGGAAUUUUGUGUUGACGCGCCACGAGCGUUCUGAAGGCGCCCCAUUGCACACGAUGGCGCCUAACGUAGCCUUGCAUUAUUACACACGUCCUUUAUAUGCAAAUGAGGAAGCAGCGCUUUUGCCGCAUUUUGAGCUGCGUGCAUUAUGCAUUUUCGCCUCGACGUGCAGCCAUGGUGCUCGCCCCAGUCAUUCGGGUCCCUAUCGGACGACGAGGAACCUAUCGUGUGAAUGGCGCGCCAAAUUAUUGAAAUCGAUUCUGCUAGUUUUAUUUGUUAUUAUUACACUCAUUGUACUCAUAUGUGGUUGCCAUAUAUUUGUUGCUGUCCGGUUGUGUGUCUUUUUUAACUCAUUUAUCUCAGAUACAGCCAUUUCCUCUCUCGUUUCGUGGGCCCAUUGAGCCCACUCGUGCCAUUUCGUGCUGGAUUCAGUCAUAGACUCCUUUACUAGUCAUAAACAAUUAACCCGCCUCGAUGUCCAUGCUAAGUGAUAUUUGACCUUUUGUUAGCGCGUGGGUUCAAUUUUUUUUUAUUUUAGUUUUUGAAGUGCGACAAAGGAAUCAAGUACAAAAUUAACAAAUACUGGCUAGCUUCCCGCUGUUGCACGGCAAAGGCUGCGUGCGUGUCAAGACGCGACGAGUGAAGUCACAGCAUUUUAUCUUCAACUCUUUCCAAAUCAAAUAUUUUCGCCCAGCGCGUGUUUUGAAGUCUGUUUUUAAAAGAUACUUUAAAUUACAACGUUAAGACAUUAAAAGAGUUGGUGAUGCUUUGAUGUGGCUGCGCUCGAGAGGUAUUUGUCUGCAUCUGGCUCGUCUGGAGUGGGCCUAAGGCUCAAUGUAAAUGGAAAGUACAUGUUUUGUUUGUAAGAGAGUUAUGUCAGCUCUUAUCUUCGGGAUUAAUUUUAAAAUUUUACGUAUAUAAAUAUAUAUAUUUAUAUUUUCCCUUUGUUGUUGUUAUGAAAUGUGGAAGGUCGAUAAUGGAUUCAUAUUUUAUGUCAGGAUCAUGUGUACUUGUUACACGUGGGAAUCUGUUGGGCUUCUGUAAGAUCGAAGCCAAAAACUCUGUGAUAUAAUCUGAUAUAAAUAAGUUAUAUAACAAAUUCUGUA